GAUCAAAUCACACAAAAACAGCAAAUGGCCUUCUCUUAUAGAAUAUCAGAACAAAGCACAAUUCCUGAGCACAUUUUGCAGAGCUCAUUUGAUCACUUAAUCUUUGCUAACUGGUCUGGAUUACAGACAGAAUCGAUACCAGAGGAAAUGAAACAGAUCGGGGAGCAACAGGGAAAUAAACCACGCUGGGCUGCUCUUCUGACACUCAUGGUGAUACUACCCACGAUUGGUGGGAACAUCCUGGUUAUUUUGGCUGUUUCGCUGGAGAAAAAGCUGCAAAAUGCUACCAAUUAUUUUCUAAUGUCCUUGGCAGUGGCUGACUUGCUGGUUGGAUUGUUUGUGAUGCCGAUUGCCCUCUUGACAAUAAUGUUUGAGUCUAUGUGGCCCCUCCCACUUGUUCUCUGCCCCGCCUGGUUAUUUCUUGAUGUUCUUUUUUCUACUGCAUCCAUCAUGCAUCUCUGUGCCAUUUCAGUGGAUCGCUACAUAGCCAUCAAAAAGCCAAUCCAGGCCAAUCAAUAUAACUCACGAGCUACAGCAUUCAUCAAGAUUACAGUGGUAUGGUUAAUUUCAAUAGGCAUUGCCAUUCCAGUCCCUAUUAAAGGCAUAGAAACUGAUGUGGAUAGCCCAAGCAACAUCACCUGUGUGCUAACAAAGGACCGUUUUGGCAGCUUCAUGCUCUUUGGCUCACUGGCCUCCUUCUUUACGCCUCUGGCGAUCAUGGUCGUCACCUACUUCCUCACCAUCCAUGCUUUACGGAAGAAAGCUCACUUGGUCAGAACCAAGCCACCUCACCGCCUAACAUGGCUGACCGUGUCUACAGUUUUCCAAAGGGAUGAAACACCUUGCUCAUCACCUGAAAAGAUGGCAAUGUUGGAUAGUACCCACAAGGACAAAACUCUGCCCAAUUCAAAGAAUAAUCUACUUAUGCGAAGAAUGUCUACAGUUGGAAAAAAGUCAGUGCAAACCAUUUCCAAUGAACAGAGAGCCUCCAAGGUUCUAGGGAUUGUGUUUUUUCUCUUUUUGCUUAUGUGGUGCCCAUUUUUUAUUACAAAUAUAACUUUAGUUUUAUGUGAUUCCUGCAAUCAGACUACUCUCCAAAUGCUCCUGGAGAUAUUUGUGUGGAUAGGCUACGUUUCCUCAGGGGUGAAUCCUUUGGUCUACACCCUCUUCAACAAGACAUUUCGGAGAGCAUUUGGCCGAUACAUCACCUGCAAUUACCGGGCCACAAAAUCCAUAAAAACUGUCAGAAAAUGCUCCCGUAAUAUCUACUUCCGAAAUCCAAUGGCAGAGAACUCUACAUUUUUCAUGAAACACGGAAUGCGGAAUGGAAUUAAUCCUGCCAUGUACCAAAGCCCAAUGAGGCUCUGCAGUUCGACCAUUCAGUCUUCAUCAAUCAUUCUACUAGAUACACUUCUCCUCACAGAAAAUGAAGGUGAUAAAACUGAAGAGCAAGUCAGUUAUGUAUAGAAGGAAUGUCAGUUUUCAUCUAAUGUAACGAGUAUGGUGAUGAAGCAGAUAUAAAUGUACCAAAAAUUACAUAAGGAGGAAUUUUAUGCUAUGUAUCAAAUCAUCUCUUUAUCAAGAUUAUGUAAUUUUCUUUAUUUGGACAACACUACUUCAUGAAAAAAAUCAUUUUGUACAGCCGCAAAUGAAAAUAAUACAGCACUCUGGCUAAAUGUUAAGGUAUUCAAGUGAAAUAAUUUCAAGCUUAAAAAUAAAGAUCACUAUUAAGAAUUUUAGUUCCUAAUUGUAUGGAAAGCUGUGUUGAGAGUGUCAUUUUAUUAAGCAACAAAAUGCAUUAACCUCCUCAAAGCCUUAAAAAUAUAAGGCGUAACACAGAACAACAGUGAUAAGAACAGAAGACUGAAAAUAA